UCAUAGCUUCCUACCCUAUGGGACUCACGUGCACGACUCAAGAACGCCAACCAGAAAUUAAACCUGGCAAAUUGGUCGUAGGAGAGCCAAACACGGUUAUGAUCAACAAGACCGAUACUUGUAUUCUGUCAUCUUCCUAGGAUGUAUUGCGUUACUAGUUGAGGAUGAUGCUUGAUUGUCUUAUGAAAACAUCGGCUUUACUUUAUUGCUCCCUGGAGGGUGAGUCCAUUGUCUGGCUUCCCAUGCCUUUGGGAAGAAUUCUUUAGAGAGCCAAGAGGGGAAUGAUUUGAACAUGAAUGUCAAGGACAGUGGGAGGACCAGGAAGGUAAACCUAUUAACAUGGACAUACCCUGUGGUAGCGUGUAGUCAUUCAACUAUUCAAGAAUAUAAACCUGCAAUAGAUGCCAAUGGAACAUAUUGUCACGCAAAUCAAAUUCUUUGUACGACUAGUUUUUGCAGGACCGCACAGCCGGUGGAAUACUACAGACAGUUCUUGAAGGAAGAGGUAAGACCAGAUGGAAGAGAGCUAGGCGAAAUAAGAUCAACCAUUCUCAAUGUUGGGUCCAUCAGCACUGCCCAUGGAUCAGCUCUUGUUAAGCUUGGUAACACAACAGUAGUGUGUGGCAUCAAAGGGGAGUUUGCAUCCCCAACAGUUGAAGAGCCCAAGAAAGGAUACAUAGUUCCCAAUGUGGAUCUGCCACCGCUGUGUUCAUCUCGUUUUAAACCUGGUCCUCCAAGCAUCCAAGCUCAGGUUACAUCUCAAUUGGUAGCUGAUACUCUACUGAGCUCCAACAUCCUCAACUAUGAAGACCUUUGCAUCAAAGAAGGAAAUAUGGUAUGGGUUCUGUACUGUGAUAUGAUAUGUCUUGAUUAUGAUGGUAAUAUCAUUGAUGCCUGCCUGAUAGCCCUUCUAGCUGCUCUCAGAAAUGUGAGACUACCAGUGGUAACCAUCAAUGAAGACACAGGCCUGGCUGAGCUCUCGUCAACAGAAAACAAAUCAUUGGACAUUGUCAAUCAGUUUGCUGCCACUACAUUCUCUGUCUUUGAUGAUUCCAUCCUGCUGGUAGAUCCAACAGUAGAAGAAGAGGACCUAGCUACUGGAUUAAUGACCGUCAUUGUCAACCAAGAUGGAAGAAUAUGUAACAUACAUAAACCAGGAGGGUCACCCUUAUCCUCUGAUCAGAUUCAGGAUUGUAUUGGUCGAGCCCAGACUAGAGCUAAAGAGGUGUGCAGACUGAUUGAUGAUACAUUAGACAGCAUUGAGAGAUGACCUUAGUCGGAUUGAGCGUAUGGAUGUAGAUAAACCCAUGUUUUGGGAAAGAGACGGACAUAUAGGGGUGUUGCAAGAAAAUAUUUGCAAUCAAAUGCAAAUUUCAGUUGUAAAAUUUCGAGUGAUAGAUCAAUUUUGGAUAAAGUAAAUCGAUAGAGUUUGGAUGGUCCUUUUUUUCAGGACCAACACU